CCAACGUUGCGCCCACAGCCAGUGAGACAAACCCACUGACAGCGAAAGCAGCAGCUACCGCCAGAACAGAUGGUACGGCAACGCCUGGCGACAGUGACGGCAGCACCGCGGUCUCCCACACCACCUCCCCUCUUUUGCUUCUUGUUGUUGCGUGUGCGGCUGCGGCUGCGGUGGUGGCUGCGUGA